AUCUGCCACCCCCAGCAGUUCAGAUGCAGUCACAGCAGUCCUCUGCUGUGGUAUUUAAUUUACCAGCUGCACCAGUUCCUGCUACACUGGUCGUGAAGAGAGAAACUUUUGAGGAGCCCCUAAUGGAUACAGGUAAUUCAAAAUUAUAUUACAUACACAUGCAGUCUCUCACCUACUCUCACUCACUCAGUCACUCACAAACGCGUUGUUGCGCUGUAUAUUUAUUGUCACUUUGUGCAUCUCUCUUUUAGAUCUGCCAUGCACUCCACCACUGUCCCUGACAGCCUCACCCAGUGAGGUGCACAAACUGGGCUUAUCAAGACUGGCUCCUCAC